GUCAGUGAGGGCAAGUGUUGGAGUGUGGUCCUGUCUGUGUGUCUGCAGCAAUAGCCAUAGCCAAGGGAUGAUGUGACUGGAAUGGAUAAUGAUUGCAAACGAUGGGCACUAUUGUUAUGGAAGUAUCUGAAAUUGGGACAACCUCUGGUUAAGAGUGAUGUAAUAAUAGGUCUGGGGUGUCACGACAUCCGAGUUGCAGAAAGAGCCGCAGAACUUUACCUGGAAGGAUGGGCUCCACAGAUACUGUUCACUGGUUACCUGGGAAACCACACUAAAGGAGUAUGGAAUCUGCCAGAAGCAGAUGUUUUUGCCGAGACUGCUAUUAAAUUGGGUGUUCCAGCUCACAAGAUCCUUCUUGAGAAAAAGGCCACAAAUACAGGCGAGAAUAUAAGGUUUGCAUAUCGAACACUGAUGGAACAGCACAUCCCGGUGAAGAGGAUUAUUCUGGUCCAACAGCCUUUUAUGGAACGACGGAUAUAUGCUACAUACCUAUGUCAGUGGCCAGGGGACAAAGAGAAUGUGCAGGUUAUCGUCACUUCUCCACCAAUGGAACUUGAUUACUACCCAAACCAGAGUGUGGGGACUCUGGUGGACUUGAUUGGAUACAUGUUGGCUGCUUUAGAACGAAUCCGUGAUUACCCGAAGAAGGGCUUCCAAGUAGAGCAAGACAUUUCCCCUGAGGUUUGGGAGGCCUAUCGAAAGCUUCUACAAACAGGUUACCGGCCAAAAUAAGCCAAACACAUCCCAGAGAAAACCUAGAAUGGCUUAGACUUCUUUUAACCAAAAGGAUUUUGCAUUUCACCGCCACUGAAUUUGCACUGGAUAGUUGUUCAAAUUAAUUUUUAUAUUGAAAAUUCUACAUUUAUCAAGGCUUCUCAAUUCAGCAGUAGGAGACACACUGCACUGCACAGUCAGGUGUUAAGAAUCAGAACUAACUGCAUGAGCCAUACUUGGAGAAAGAACUUUAGAAU